AUGCAAGCAUUAUAUUAUCUCGUGUACAUAUGGCUAGGUAUAGCUAUUGAAGCAUCUCACUAUCGAGGCGGUACAUUUACAUGGAAACCUGUUAGUCCACAAGUACCCAAUCAAAAUCCAGUAAGUAUAUCAUUUACUCAACGACAUGCUUGGCGUCGUGGAUCUUAUUUUUGUGAUCAAACUACUAUUAACAGUGGUGGUACAGUCGGAGCUGGUAGUGUAUGUUGUCUUGGCAGUCAGUGUGGUUCAUUGGGUUGUCCACUGAGUACUGCUGUACCAUGUACUGACUUUAGUGUUUCACAAGAUAUGAGUGCUGGUCAAGCAUCAUCAAUAUUAAGCUUGUCUCCGAACAUUAAGGUUGCCUUAACAUUCACUGGUGGUGCUUGGAUAUCGCUUAAUAGUGGUGGUGGUAAUUGGGCUGUGACUACACAAAUAAGCACAUAUAUGCGAGCUGAUGGGCAUUAUAAUACUGCACCAACUUCGGCUAUGGUCCCUGUGAAAUUACUUCGACAAGGUUUCUCAUAUACAUGGUUAAUACCUACUGCUGAUACAGAUGGUGAUAUAGUAAAAUGCCGAUGGGCUAGUGCCACUGCUGUUGUACCAACAAAUGUUAUUGCUGAUGAAUGCGCUGGAAUUUGUGGUACUUUUCCUGGAGCAACACUCAACUCAUCCAGUUGCAUGAUGUCUUAUACUGCAUCAAGUGUUGGCUUUUGGGCUGUUAGUCUAAUGAUGGAAGAUUAUGAAUUUUCCUGGCAAACAACGUCAAUGUCGGCUGUACCUUUACAAUUUAUUGUUCAAGUCUAUACAUCGAGCAGUACCUGUACUAUUGGACCAUCAUAUACGGGAACUCGUCCAGCUGGUGCUUGUGUUGGUGUAGAUAUUGGUCAAACAGUCGUGGAACAAGCCAUUUUCACUGUUGGAUGUUCAGGUGUAACGCUUACGGAUGUGAUCACUACAUCACCACCUGGUAUGACUCGUGGUACUAUCACGCAAUCAUCUAGCAAUCCAUUACAAUACACAAUGUCAAUGACAUGGACACCAGCAGCAUCAGCUUGGGGUUCAAAUCUUGUUUGUUAUACACCAAUCGAUAGUUUGGGCCAACAAGGCAAUACACAAUGUGUCACUUAUCUUGUUGCUGUUACUGCACCUGAACUUAUCUAUACAAGCUAUGUCAAUGGUACCAUGUCUCCUGUAGGUACGGUUAUGUCUACUCAAAAUGUCUGGCGUGUUGAAUGCACGAAAGCAGUUAAUCGUCCAUCAAGCGUAGCAUAUAUUCGAUUUUAUCAAACAUCAACUGCUACGCAAGUUGGUGUUGUAACCGGUACUGAAUUUUGUGGUCCACAAUCAAGACCAAUAACUGAUCCAAACUUUUGGCCAUUUAAUAUUUUCAAUUCAGCUGCCUAUGCUAAUAUGACUGGAAUGACAACAUCAAGUACCACAACAAUUAUUCCAAAUGUCACAACACAAGCUGUAUCAACAACAACAGCUAAUCCAGCUAUUACCACAACUGGAAUUACUGUUCCAAGCUCUACUACACCUUACACUGGUACUGGUCCAAGUUCAACAAUCAGAACGACGACAACAACUUCCAGCAGCACAUCAACAACAUCGACGACAUCAACAACAUCAACAACAACAGUUCCACCGGUUCAAAUACUACAACCAAGUGAAAUUAUCAAAAAAUGUCAACAACCAGUUAUUCUUGGUACAUUAUUAUCUACAACUGUUGUGGGAGUUAUAUCUUCAAUCAUUUAUGGUGUUUUUAUGGCUAAAAUCGCAGCAUCAAUGUAA